ACAGGUGACAGUGUAUGUCAACAUCGUAUAGAUUGCUAUACUUUUUCUAUGUUACUGGUAAUGUGAUAAUUAUGGCGAAGUUUGCCAGAUAGAUGUGAAGUAUCUUAUAAAGAAUAUCAUUGACUAUUUUAUGAAAUAAUUUUUAUUAAGUAUAUAAAAACAUGGAAGGGCAACAAUUUUGUUUACGAUGGCACAAUUUUCAAAAUACAUUAUUGAGUUCUCUUCCUAAAUUACUUGAUGGUGGUUAUUUAACAGAUGUUACAUUAAGUGCUGGUGGUAGGCACAUACAUGCACAUAAAAUCAUUCUUUCUGCUUGUAGUUAUUAUUUUAAAGAAUUAUUUAAGGACUUAAGUUCUUUGCAACAUCCUGUAAUUGUAUUACCAGGAAUGGAAUAUGCAAAUUUAUGUGCACUUGUUACAUUUAUGUAUAAUGGUGAAGUGAAUAUUUAUCAAGAACAAUUACCUGCACUUUUGGCUAUGGCAGAUACCUUACAUAUUCGUGGAUUAGCUGAUAUAGCUGGGAAAAAUUCAAGACAUGAUAAUGGUUUAUAUGUUCAAUCUACACCAGUACAGCUACAAGAAAAAGUGUUAGCCGAAACAUAUAAAAAAGAAAAUAAAGACAAUACUGCAAGUGGUGGCGAAUCUUUAGAAACGGUUCUAGAAACAGAAACAACUGAAAAUAUAGAGGAAACUUUUAAUGAUCAAGAAAGUAUACCUUACUGCGUGAAGACUAAACCUUAUUACUCUAUUAAUGCGAAAUUAAAUACAAGAGAAAAAAUUAGUAUUCCUUCCAUUAAUGCUUCCACCAACAAAUAUAUUGAGAAAACAUAUUCGGAAAGUGGAAUAGAUGAGAGUACACCUGCUUUAGAAGAUCAAAUUACUCCAACAGAAGAUAUAAAACCUCCUCCUGUUUGGGAUGCAAAUUUUAAAUUUCUUACUAGCUCUGUAAGCGGUAAAAGUUCUCAGAAUUAUAAUAAAUCUAGUGUUACUUGUCUUAUUUGCGGAAAGCAAUUAAGUAACCAAUAUAACUUGCGAGUACAUAUGGAAACUCAUAGUAAUAGUUCAUAUAGCUGUACAGCUUGUUCACAUGUAUCAAGAUCACGGGAUGCCCUUAGAAAGCACGUUUCUUAUAGACAUCCAGUAGCCUCGCCACAAAAACGUUCACGUUAUACACCAAAAUCAUAAAAAUUGUAUCUUUAUCCUUGAUUUAUAUUUUUGUUUUAGGAUUAGGACGUUUUAUUUAAAACAAAUCUUUUGUGUUAUUUAAUGUCCUAAAUAUUUUAUGUAUUAUUGACCUAAAUGCGUAUUGAAAAAAAAAAAAAAAAAAAAAAAU